CUCGUCAGUCAUGACUCAAGAAUGAUGAAGACGCUCUGCAGCUUUCUUUGACCUGAUCAAGAGUUCAAGCGUCAGUCUUUGGAGCAUCAACUGGCCAACUACAAGGACGUCUGCGCGUCGUGUUGCGCGCCAGAAGGAAUAUGCUUGGGCCUUAAUAGGGUUCUUCUGUCUAGGCAAAAGAGAUUAUAACAGCAGACUUUGCGCUUGCCGUGGUUCGGUUGGAAGCAAAGAGCUCGGCGGAGUUUUGGAUUGGGGACUGUCUUAGUGUCAUGCUUCCAACUUCAUCAAUCCAAUGGUUGAGGAUUGGAGGACAUAGAGAUUCCGUUUGUGAGCCUAGGUUUGAGGGGACAAAGUUGCAGUGCGAUUCUGUCGAUGUAACCAGAUUUCGUUGCUCUUGAUGAUUUCAGCACCCCAAUAAUGUACGUUAGAUUGUGAGCAGCAGUUGCAGCACAGGCAGCGGUUAUGCUUUCCCAUCGAGGGUUUCACCAAGAGGCAGCCUUUGCAAGUAAUUUCUUAGUCAACAAGCUUGUUCUUGAAUAGACAUCCCUGAUCAAGCUUUGAGCUGCUUGGUCCUCUUCUGAACCACUUUCACUGAAAUACAGCUUAUCUUAGUUGCGGUGGAGCACCUAUGUGAACAGGAGCCUGUCGCCAGAGCAAGUAGAAAGAGGGGUCUAUUUGGGCCCCAGGCAUGGCGUCGGGGGACGUGGAGCUGAAGUUUCGGAUGACGGAUGGGUCUGACAUUGGUCCAAAUAAGUACUCGUCGUCCGAAACGGUGCAGGCUCUCAAGGAAGCUAUCAUUGAGAACUGGCCGCAAGGCAAAGAAGGCUGCCCCAAGAGCGUACAGGAUGUGAAGCUGAUACACGCCGGCAAGGUGCUCGACAACGCUCGGACCCUGGGGGAGUCUCGAGUGCCGGUUGCCGAGACGGGGAAUCUGAUAACUAUGCACGUAGUCAUUCGGCCACAGGUUGCGGAGCCAAAAGCUGCAGCGAAAGAGGGGCAGGAGCCGAAGAAGGGCGGAUGCGGGGGCUGCUGCAUCUUGUAAAGAACGAAGGGUUUCAACAGAGUUGCGGGGGAUGACCAUACGGUAUGGUUAAGAGGGGUUUGGUCAAACCUGGCCUCAUUCGGGUUGGCUCCGGUUAGGACGACUCUCAAAUAUGCAAGGGUGCCGGCCUGGGGGCCAAUAUAGCCGUGCUCGAGAACGUCCUUUCUCGCGGGAAAGGGUUUGAGGCAAGGGGAGAGUCGGCCGUCGGGUAACAUGGCGCUGAUGUCAUACCAGCGAAGAUGACGUUUUCGGGGGGUUAGCGGAGAGCAGCAACUGGGGCUGUUGGGGGCAGGCUUAGUAGUGCUACGGAGGUAACUCGGUGAGCGGGAUGUGAGAGGCGAGGCCACCACUGAUUGGCGGGUGGAGAUGAUGUCGGAUUGAUGCGUGCAUUUGGAUGCUCACUGUGUGGAUGGGUCAAGAGGCGGCCUGCCAUUGUCGAAGCAUCCAUGCGCGUCUCUUGGGCGAGGGCGAGCGGAUUGCCACUUUGAGCCCAACUAGAAUGUAAUUGAACAAGUGGAGCUUGUUCCGGUCGUUUCUCGCCUUCAAAUCAUCGUACAUACUGGAAAUAACGUUGCAGCAAGUAUAGGUUCCAAGUCGGGUAUAAGGAGUAUAGGAUUUGUUAGAUUGUUAUUAACGUGUUUUGUAAAUCGGGAUUGUCAUCCAUGUAAGCUCCGAGUCAGUGGGCCCACAAGCGAACUUUCAAGACCAUGCUAAAAUAGAGAACAAACGAGGCUUGCAAUCGUGGUUGAACAAAUUUGAAUGGCGGCCCUGCCGCGGCUUGGCUGCUCAUAGUUCUAGCUCUUUGCCAGGCUUCAGCUCCAUGCAUCCGACCCA